UAGAAGGACCCACCUGCGAGUAAAGUCCAAUGUUUUGUGUAAAAGGAGAAACAAGUUUCUGCAUAAACUGUACCGAGAGUGUGUUCUUCAUUGAUAUCGAGAGAUCUGAAACAGAUUACAGAAACUGUCUCUUAAUUUUCUUUAAGACGGACAUGGAUGCCAUUUCAUCUCUAACAACAGAUGGUGGAGUUGCUGCUCAAUUUUCUGGGAUUCUACCUAGAACCAGUCAUUGGUUUUGUCCAUUUUCUCAGGAAAAUAAAUCAAAAUCGAAACUUUUUCCGGUUAUGAGCCUUGAUUUGAAGGGACAUCCCAUGGCUUCAACAGAUUUCACCAACCAGACCCUUGCCGCGUUUUCUUCUUCCUCUGUGGCUCCUGCAAAGACACCAUCAUCAUCAAUUGGUAUGAGUAGAGGAAUGAGAUGGUGGGAAAAGUCAACGGAACACAACAUGUUAGAGAUUCACUCUGCGAAUCAUAUUGUUGACUCUUUAUUAUCUGCUGGAGAUAGAUUAGUUGUUCUUGAUUUCUACUCUCCCGGUUGUGGUGGCUGCAAAUCUCUCCACCCAAAGAUCUGUCAAUUGGCUGAAUCAAACCCGAAUGUGAUGUUUCUGAAAGUGAAUCAAGAAGAGCUUAGAACAAUGUGUCAUGGUCUUAACGUUCACGUGCUUCCUUUCUUUAAGUUCUUUAGAGGAGCAGAGGGUAAACUAUGUAGUUUCAGCUGCACUAUUGCCACAAUCAAUAAGCUCAAGAAAGCGUUGGAGAAGCACGGGAGCGAAAGAUGCAGCCUCGGGCCAGCGAAAGGUUUAGACAACAAGGAACUCAUAGCUUUAGCAUCGGUGGGGGAACUGAAAAUGAAUCUGGAUUCCUUAACAAUGCAUCAAGAUUUGUUGUCAUCAUCGACAGCUAGCAACUUCUGUUAUAAAACAGAGGAACAACAUCAAAAGUUGGUGUUGUAAAAAGAUAUCUUUUCAUUAGGGUUCUUAUUGAUUUGUAGAUAUGAUUAUUGGUUAGUAUCAUUGAGCUCUGUUUAAGUUCUAGGAUUUGUUCUUUAAGCCAUUACUAGCAAUGCCAAUUUCAAUUAACUUCCAAGAUUGAAUCAAG